GUCAUUUCCGUUCUGAACUUGCGAUGACAGGUCCAACGUCGGGAGGUCCUUUCGCAAACAGCAGGGUGAUGAUGGAGAUGACCUAGUCUGGUGACGACUCGUUCCAUUGACAUCGGCCACAUGAAUCGUUUUGGUGGAGAUACACAAACAUUGGUGGACGUCAUCUUUCUCAUCUAGGUCACAGUGCUAGCACCACGAGGUAUGGGACACACCACAUGUUAGUCUAUCACCCAGCAUUAAAAAACAAUCCAGAAUUGCUCCAACAUCCAUGAGACAUCUUAAGUUUUAAAACAAAGUGAUGAAUCUUGUGCUUGAAUUUCAAGUUUGACCAUUGCUAUGGAAACAAGAGAUGGCAGAGAGGCAGUCAGCAUGAUCAACGCAAUCAGCGACGGGUUCAAUGUGCUAGCAGAGGAUGAAGGGCGAGGAUUUCGAAGUGAUGGACAGAAUAUCCAACAUCAUGGGCCAGUACAACUGCCCCCGGAAUACCAAAACGCAUGGAAGGAUGUGGCACAGCUCAACUAUAGUCACCACGCCAAUGGAGGGAUGCAAUACAGCAUGCAUGGAUGGAACAAUGGAUAUGAGAAAAAAGAUAUUACCUCACAAGUAUUUAAAAUGGACAACGGUGGCUCUGUAUCACAAAAUGAUGCUCAACAAGCAGGAAAUAAUAUAAAGAGAGAAGACUUAGCUGUUCAUGAUUUCACAAAAAUGAAAGAAUACAAUGAAGGAGUGAAGGAGCCGCCCCAAUAUCAGCAGUGGCCGAGACAGUUUGACAAUAAUUACAAUCUUACGAAUCAUACCAAUGGUAAUUCUCUGAAGCAACCUCUCCCUAACAGUCAUUCCACAGCCAACAGUACCUUUCCAGCCCAGGACCCUAUUAAUUCUUCUCCUGAACAAAAACAUUCAACUUUAGGAACAUUUAAUACCCCCUAUGUACAGAUUAAACAAGAAAAUGCCACUACCCUCGGUGUGCACUGUAACCAAAAUGGUGAUCAGAAGGGACAAACCUGGCCAGGAGUUGAUACGAAACUUAAUGUAUCAUCGACAGAUUCUUAUACUAUGCAACGAGAAAUUUAUCUCAGGGAUAGCUAUUCUGUGAUACCUCAAAACUGUGCCUCCCCAGUAUCAGUUAAGAGGGAACCUGGUGAAGACUUGAGUGGCAAAAAUGACUGUUAUCAAUCUUCAGCAGCUAAGUACCCCCGGACAGAAAAUGGAGAUACCUCCCCAUCAUCAGGGGCACAAAAAAUGAUUUCCCUUCAACCUGUCAAACUGGAACCUACCCUCCUUAGCAUUCCUGGUGAGCACUGUAUGAACAUGAACCAAAAUUAUACAAGUGCUGUUCCUUACAAGUACAAUGAUAAGCCAGGCAAUUACAAUGGAAAUCAUGUGGAUGGAUCCUAUGGACAGGGGCUAGAGGAGCCAGACAGAAACUGCCUUGGCAAGUCCGUGUCUGCCUCACUUAUGUCCCUGCAUGAUUUUGCCUAUGCCUGGACACCAGGAACCGAACCCUAUACAGCCAUGGUGGGCUACCGGGCAACAAUUAACCAUCCAAGUCUUUCUGUGGAGCUCAACAAUUCAGCAGCUACCAGCACCUUCAGUGAUAAUACUCCGAUAACACCAAACAUGGUGAACAAGAACUGUGAUACUACAAUGAAUUACUCUAAAACCAGAGGCCAUGGUCUGGACGAAUCACUAUGCAGUAAUGAAAAUUAUGCAACCUUAUGCAAUUUAGAUCAGAGCACAAACAGUUCUUUCCAAAGUAAUGAUGGAUUUGAUUCAAGUAACUACAGCGUAGGAAAUUCUGUUCAGAAUGAUGCAGAGAUGGAUGACAAUUUCUGCAAACCCUUCAGAAAUGUGGAUUCAGAUUAUACUCAGGAUGAGAAUGGAGAAGAAGAUAUUGGUCAAAAACUCUUGUGUCGUUGUGGAAUAUGUGGGGAUACAUUCGACACUAGCAUAAGUCUUAGAGCUCACAUUCGUAUGCAUACCGAAAGUAUAGCACUCCAAUGUGAAAUUUGCAAUAAGAAAUUCAAGAAUAAAGUGGAACUCCGAACACAUUGUGAAAAUCAUGAGGAAGAAAAAGUACUGUCCUGUGAUGUCUGUGACAAAACUUUUGAGAAGAAACGCUGCCUAAAGUCUCACCUGCGUACACAUUCAGGUGAAAAGAAGAAAUUGCACAAGUGCGAGAUAUGCGGUCGCCAGUACGGUACACUGCAGGGUUACCUUGUCCACAAGGACUCACAUGGGAUUGACACACCUCACGAAUGCUCAACAUGCGGAAAAAUAUUUGGACAUGAAGAUCUACUGUCAUUCCAUAUGAAAACUCACACGGACAUUUUCACAUUUAUGUGUCAUGUAUGUGACAAGAAGUUUGGAAACAACCGCGAACUACAGAAACACCUGAGCAAGCACACUGGACUCCAGCCUUUUCAGUGUAGUUCAUGUAAUGAUGCAUUCUCUGAUGAUUAUGCUCUUCAGAUGCACAUUUCAGAACAUACUGGAGAACGUUUCCACAUCUGCGAAGUGUGUGGUAAGUCAUACAAAGAUAUAAUGGCCAUGAAGGACCACCAGCAGACUCACUCAGAAGAAAAGCCAUUCAUCUGUGAGAUUUGCUGUAAAGGUUUCAAAUCAAAGACAAAUUUACAUGAGCAUUACCGAAUUCAUUCAGGGGAAAAGCCCUUUGAAUGUCAUGUAUGUGGGAAGCGGUUUCGUCAGAGUUCUAUCCUGAGAAACCAUGUGCGGAUCCACACUGGCGAGACCCCGUGGGAGUGUAACGAGUGUGGGAAGAAGUUCAGCUUUAAGGGUAAUUACACUCGUCAUCUGUGGUCUCACACAGAGGAGAAGGAGCGUACUUGUGGUGUCUGUGGAAAGAUAUUCACAGACAUGAUAGGACUGAAGCAGCAUCUGGAGCGACACACACGUCAAACAAACCAGAAGCCAAAGUCCUUCAAGUGUAACAUCUGUGACAGCGAAUUUGACCGAAGUCGCACCCUGCAGAUGCACAUGAAAGUGCACACUGGAGAUUGUCCAUUUACCUGCGACAUCUGUGAAAAGACCUUCAUCUCCAAGAUAGAUCUCAGCAAGCAUGUCAAACUGCAUGAUGACGAGAAGAGCUUUCGCUGUGAUGUGUGCGACAAGUCAUACGUGGACAAUGGCAGACUGAGACGUCACAUGAAAAUUCACAUGGGCCUGAAACCUUUCAAGUGUGAUGUCUGCUCCUCCACCUUCACAGAGAAGUAUCACUUGACAAAGCACCAGAAAACACACCAAAAGGACACCGAGGAAAAGUGACCAUCAACACAUUGGAUAACAUAUAUCUUAUGAGAUAAAUUUUACAGGAUGAUGAUCGAAUCCAAUGGUCGUUCGUCAAUUCACAGAGACAGUCUAUCCAAAUUCAAAAGUCUCAAACGUUUAUUCAGACAUAUUCUAAUGGUUAUCUUUUGUUCCUGUAGCCAAUUCAAAUCCAAAGAAAUUGAUUGUCUGUAUUUAGAUUUUUUAAUAUUUUGUGCCUGUCAAAAUAAUGUUAUACCUUUUAUUUGAAAAUGCUAUAAGAAAACUUUUAAAUUUCAAUUAUAUUUCAUGAUUGUAAUUUAAAAUAAUAUUUAAAAAACAUAGAACUAGAUAGAUAAUAAAUUAGACCUAUUACUAUGGAUUAAUACAGCUAAACGUUUAUAACCGUUUCCACUCUUUUCAAGUAGACAUUAUAAGAGCUCGAGGGUGGUAAUUUUUUGUUAUGACUCCAUUCCAUGAUCUCCACAGUUACACAUACUUUAGGGAGAUAAGUUUAUAUAACGAUGACAUUUACAGAAUUUAGGAAAAUAAGAUUAGGUGAGUUCUGUAUCGAUUCAGUCAUUUGAAUAUAUAUAUAUAUACACUAACAUUUGAUUGCUUUUGAGUUCCUUUUUAAUGUGUUUGGUUUGGGUAAAGAUAUAUAUAUAAUCAUUACAGCUGUACAGUCAUAUAAAGAACAGGCAAUACAAAGAUAAGAUGUUCUCAGUUUUUGUGUGUGUAGCCAACAAGUGAACAACAUAUGUAUUUUGAUAUUUAGUUUUUGCGUCUUGAUUCUUGUUGGUUUGUUUUGAAUUGUCUUGUGGUCUACAGGUUUCAUUUCAAUGUAAUCAAAUUUAAUUUUAUCAAGCACAUUUUCCUGUGUCCUUUGUUAAAAAGUGUAUAGGUGUUCUUCUUGUACCAUAUGUAGUGAUAACACCUGUUUUUGUAAGGAGGGGUCAGGGGUCAUCAUGAUUUCUUUAUGUUUUUAUAAGGAGGGGUCACCAUGAUUUCUUUAUGUUUCUAUAAGGAGGGGUCAUCAUGGUUUCUUUAAUGCUAUUAGACUACCUAUGUUUUCCCUGCUUUUUAACUUGGAGAAAACAAGAGAUUGAUGACAGGUUUCUUGUGCAUGUAUGUUUGUUGAGUUUGAAGUGUAAUGUUAAUCUAGUAUGAUGUUAUGAUUGGGGUUGGAAACCAACUGUGUUGAGCACUGAAGAGGGUUGAUUCUUCUUAGUACAGACCAUGGCAGGUGCUAGGUCUUAUUGAGCAGCCACGUUGAUGUCCACAUCUCAAUGUCCCUAGAGUUCCAUAUGUGAUGUCUGGUUAUCGUGUUUCUCCAACCUGUUGUCUUGUUGAAGUUUUAAAAUUAACUGGAGACUGUUAGAUAAUUAUAUAAACCUGUAAUGAUCAUCAGAAAUGGAGGACCUGUUUUCUCCAGCAGUAUUAGAAAUAUUUGUAGAGAAGAUGAAACCGUCUUGUGCUUUCAGUCUCUGAUAGGGAUAAAAGUUGGUGUGACAUAGGAAUGAUGUUGAAAUGCACUUGGUUGCUGUCAUAAGGUAGUGUUCUGUUAUAAUCAGUUGAAGCCUGUCUGGAGAGUUGCCUAUAUGUGGGCUACACAACCUAUGUAAUCAUCACCACCAUAUUCCACAAGGCUCCGGAAGAGAGCUAGUGCGGCCUCAAUAGUCAGCUUCAUUGGCCGUAAAAGUGGCUGCAUUGUAAAAUGGUUUGAUUACUAGCAAUAUAUAAUGAAGAAACUGGAAACCUAUGCCGUUAAACAGAGGUUAUAGUGGAACAACUGGAUUAUUGGUGGUUGGAUUGUUGAGGCUUGACUGUUGAGGCUAAAAAUACAUCAUACUGGUCCAAAGUUUAACAGUCGGAGUGGUAAAUUAUUGUUGACCUACUUCAUGUUGAUUGGGGAGAGAUGUAGGAGGGAAAUGAAGAUAGACACCACUCGUAAGACAUUGUUUACGAUAUGUAUCUUAUGCAAACACAGAAUGAUUUGAUGUGUGUCUCUAUCCUUGCCUUAGCAAAAAUGCAAAUUUUUGUAACCAUUUUUAAUUUUUUGAGUGUUAUAUUUAUUGAAUUUUGCCAAGUUACGGCACGGUUAUUAUUGGUCACGUUCACCUGUAUCUCGUGCCUGGGUGGUAUGUGUACAGUAUAUUAAUAUAUAGUUAACAAAUUACAAAUGUAAACCUUUCACUGAGAUUUGUAUAUUGCAAUGUAUUUCAAAAUUAUGAAAUGGCAUAUAUGGUUUAUAUAUUAAUAUAAUUUAUUUGCUGUUAGCGUUAUUUGUUAACCAUUCAGAUGUGUAUAAUGCAUGAUGAAAUUCUGUGUUCAAACUGCAUCCUUUACCAGUAGUAUACUAGUAUUUAUUUCUCCCCUGCAGUCAGUGGUAGUACAGUAUAUUCCCCUUAAUGUUAUGUGUUCUGAAGAAAAAGGCAAUAAAAGUGUUUCUGGGUUACUUUACAUAUGAUAUGACAGAAACAAACAAAAAACAUGAUGAUAAGGUAAAAACGUAUCACCAGUCAAAAACCUGUGGCCCUGUAAGUAGCGUGACCUUAAGUGGAAUCACUGUACUAUCUGAUGCAGCGGGACCAUUAUUGAGUGAUACGUAUUAUAAAUAUUAUAGAUUGUUGAUUCUAUAAUUACAACAAAGCGUGAUAUCAAAUCUCAUUGUUGAAGCUACUGUUGCUGCCUUAUAAAUUGUUAAAUAUUGAAUGUUUAAACAACACCAUGCAAAAAGUUGUUUUUGAUAACUAUUACUGUAAAAGUUGUUUUGUCGAUGAAUGGUAUACUGUUUGCACUGUGAUGCACUACAAACUUUCUCUGAUUUAGUUAUAAUGUUAACUGUAGGUGAUGAUUUAGUUAUAAUGUUAACUUUAGGUGAUGAUUAUACUUCUUUAAUUAAUUACUUCAGUAAGCUGCUAUGCUGUCAGAGGUAGAACAAAAGUCACAUGACUUAAAAUAAAAUGAUAGAUUUUAUACAAGUCUACAAAUACAAAGGAAACAAGUGUUAGUACAUGUAAAACAGAAUCUGUGUGGAAUGUUAUCGUGAGGACAACUUUUACUGUACACGUUAUUUGUUAUCAUUACCGAAUCAUAUGGUUACACUGGUCUUUCAUAUGCAAACUUUUCAUUGUCAAGUCUUAUAUUUACUACCAGUUCAGGAUUUCAUUGUCAAGUCUUAUAUUUACCACCAGUUCAGGAUUUCAUUGUCAAGUCUUAUAUUUACCACCAGUUCAGGAUUUCUUGAUUGUUAAAAUUUCAGUUUUAAAAUGGAAAGGAAAUAAGCCAUGAAUAUAUAAGUUCAAUAGUUAACAAACCAAUCAAAUGAUUGACAUUACUGUCUAUUUGAGUAAAUUCAUAUAACACUCACAUUCUCCGAACUGUUUUUGAUUGAUAUAUCAAGAUUUCUUCAUAUAUGAUAAAUGGAAAAUAAUUGCCACUUUAGAGUCCUUUCAGUGCUUCAUUAUAAUUAUAUAUAAACACUGUCUCAAUUCUGAAUCCUACUGGAAAUCUAUAUAAUAUUUGAUAUAACAUACAGUUAUAAACUAGAAUGUACUUGAUUAUUAUUUUGAAGUUUCAAACAGCUGGAUGCAUCUUUGUAAAUUGCUAUGCACUUUAAAAAUAUUGUAAUCUUGUUUGCAGGAUGUAGAUAUGUGAUAAUGUUUAUGAUGACUACUGGCGCACAGUUAAGUUUGUGGGUGGUCAUUUGUAAGUAAUCCUGUGACAUUACUACAUCGAAUUAGAGUCGGGGCCCCUAUGUCACUGAAGCCAAGUGAACUAUUGUUAUAUUUUCUGCUGUUGAGGGUUUAAGUGGGAUAGUGUAUGAACAAAAGGAAAUUUACACUACAGUUCAAUUUGUGUGUUUUCCUUGUUCAAAAUGAGGACAAAUUUAUCACGGCAACAAACACAAGUAAACCAUAUGCUAAGCUGAUAUUCCACAGUAAAGGGUGAAAUUAACAUUAAAAUGUAUUUAUUGAUGUGCAGCAAAUUUUUGAAGGAACGUUUUUUUUGGAAACACAUUAAUAGUAAUGAAAAUUGGGUCUAUACUGAUUGAAGUGUAUAUGGCUAAAUGUCAUUGAUGGCCGGUCUAUACUGAUUGAAGUGUAUAUGGCUAAAUGUCAUUGAUGGCCGGUCUAUACUGAUUGAAGUGUAUAUGGCUAAAUGUCAUCGAUGGCCAUGACAUCUGUAAUAAUACAAGGACUAGUGUGACUGAUCCUCACCUAACAGAUGAAAGAUUGUUAUUGAUGUAUAAGUCUCUAACACAAGGAUUUGAAACUUGUUGUUUUUAUGGUUUGUUAUAUGAUUUUUGAUAGAUGUUUGGGGUGCAUGGCUUUAGUACGGUAGAAUCCCCUAGAAUCAGUUUUAAUGGUUGAAGGAUGUCUUUGCCAAUGUUCAAACAAAAUGUGAUCUUAAAAUUUUCAAAGCUGAUAAACAUCUUUUGUUUUGAAAUGUAUAAAUCAGUGUGUCGUUAAUAGUUUUAUAUGUGAUUAUCAUUUAACACCAUACAGAUACAGUCGGUGCAUUGAUAGCCAAGGAAGGUCAGUCAUGGAAUAUUUAAACUUUUUACUGAUGUAUAAUACUUGUAUUUUGGUGAGAGUUACCUCCCUUAUAUAUGUUAUUCUUGUUUUCCAUUCAGGUUUGUCAUGAAUUAAUUAACCAAGUCUAAAUCAAAAAACGAAAUUCAGGCUAAAGGACAUUAGUUUGUCACAUUCCAAAGAGACGAGCAAGCAUUUGUUUUUGCAAAGAGAUGGAUCUAGUGAUCUGUGUUGUUUUCUGUUGACACCAAACUCUGGUAUGUGAGAUACAGCUCGAGUUUCCUCUGGCCCUGAUACCAAACUCGGAGUAUAUGAGUUUCCUCUGGCCCUGAUACCAAACUCUGGGUAUGCGAGUUUUCUCUGGCCCUGAUACCAAACUCAGGGUAUGUGAGUUUCCUCUGGCCUUAGCACCAAACUCUGGGUAUGUGAGUUUACUAUGGCCCUGAUACCAAACUCGGGGUAUGUGAGAUACAUUUUGAGUUUCCACCAGCCCUGAUACCAAAGUAGGGGUAUGUGAGUUUCCUCUGGCUCUGAUAUCAAACUCGGAG